GUCCCAUUUCCAUAUAAGGUAUGUGACUGACAGCGGUCCGUCCCGCCCCUUUCUGUUUGCUGCAGCGAGGUCCUUCUGGUCUCAUGAACGCCAGUUACAGGUGUGUCGUCACCGCGAUGUUUGUCCCUGCGCGGAUUCCAUCGCACAGUUUAUCACAGUUUAUCGUCCCUCCCAACAACAUCAAGUCAACUUCUGCUUUCUGAACUCCUGCAGUGAUUUAAUCACUGCAAUUCAUUAGCUCGUCGUAUCAGCGGUGGCAGUCACACUAGAUUAUCCGGACACACCGAAAGGCGCCGCGGCAAACAGCUUCUUCACUUCCAGCCGAGUUUGAUGGAGUCGCUGCAGAAGUUCAACAAACGAGAACCUGGAUCCAAAUGAGCAGAAGAGGCAUCAACUCAGGACAGAGGAGGCUCCGUUCUUUAUGUCAGCUGAAAAUAAUCAAAGGAGACAACAGAUGAGUUUUGAGUAAAAAUGUUCAUAAAGAGGCCUUGACUGUGCUGGAGCUCUGAGAGCAUGAAAUGAUGGAGAAACCAGAAGAAAGCCCUGCGGAUGAGAGAGGCCUCCAGCCUCCAGACAGAGGCCUCCUCCAUGUCUGGCCUUCAGGGGGAGGAACCCAGCAGCUCUGCCCAGAGACGGUGCUGCUGUCCAGGCCUGUGAUGCACGUCUCCCUGGGAGAAAACCACGGCAUUCUCCUGGCACAGGGGGGUCUGGUGUUCUCGUUCGGGGAGCUUUUCUGGAGGGGGAUAAGUGUCCCGGUGUCGGCUCCGGUGCUGGAGGCCUCUCUGCUUGGGAGGACGGUGGUCCAUGUGGCCGCUGGGGGCUUCCACUGCGGCGCGAUAAGCGAGCAGGGCGGCGUUUACAUGUGGGGGGAGAACACUGCAGGACAGUGUGGGCAGACGGACAGAGCCUCUGUCAUAAAUACUACAGUUCCUGAGCCGUGUCCUGUCACCGUGGUGGACAGUGAGGUCAUUCCACCCGCGGUUGUUCGGGUCGUGAGCCUCGCCUGUGGACGGGAGCACAGCCUGGCUCUGUCGGCCCAAAACGAGCUGUGGGCCUGGGGGAGCGGCUGCCAGCUCGGCCUGGUCACCAACACCUUCCCUGUGUGGAAACCUCAGAAGGUUGAACAUCUGGCAGGCAGACAUGUGAUUCAGGUGGCAUGUGGUGCCUACCACAGCCUGGCACUUGUCCGCAGUUUACCUGCUCAGGACUUUAUCGCUCAGAGUACCCCGAAAAUCAGGGAGCGGGGUCGAUCACCUCAGUGCCCGUUGGCAGACAGGGAGGAACUGGUUACAACCGACGAUGUGGUCUACUGCCCGCUCGGGGUGGAGCUCUCUGAAGUCACAAGAAGUGAGACUUCUUCCCGGAGACGGGUUCCCAGGCCGCGGCUCCAUCCGGCUGGAAAGUCAUCUGGCAGCAGCUGCGGCUCCUCAGCCAGUUUAUCUUCAUUCUCUGAUGACAGCAGAUCUAAUCCUAAACAGAAGAAUUUCCCAGCAUGCAGCAGGCUGGAGGCUGAGGAAAACAGAACGGAGUGCAUGCUGCAGACUGACGGCAGCCCUAAAGCUAAUCCGGCGUCGGACUGGGCCGCCAACAAGGACUCCGCGUUUUCUGACGACCUGGAGCUCCUAAGUUUAUUUGAUAAACUUUCUGUUCAGUCGGAGUCACAAAACGCCACGGCGACAGGCGACACUGACUCAGUGAGCAGCCAGACCGGAUCAGAGGACAGCUGCAUUUCUUCAACUCCAUCUUCAGAUUUAUUGACUUCAAGUUACAAAGACGAUUCGAUUUUCAAGAUGCAGACAAACAACGGCGUGGCAUCUGCACCGCUCUCGUCUUCGCCGGUGUGUCUGGAAGAAGUUCGUCUUUGUGUGGAGAGGGAGAGGCAGGCGCCGCUCAGCUGCAGCCUCACAAAUGCACACCAGAAGGGGAACGCGGCGGCGGCGAGCGGCAGACGCUCACUUCCUGGAACCCCCACCCACGGGUCGCCACGGAGACGCCACCAGGGUGCCUCCGGGUCGCUGUGUGCUGGUGCAGGAUCAGAUGAUUCGGGAGACGGGCUGCCGUCCCUGGAGACAGAAGUCUGGAGUUGGGGACGCGGGUCUGAAGGACAACUGGGACACGGAGACCAGCUGGCCAGGCUGCAGCCUUUGUGCAUCAACUCUCUCACAGGGCAGGAAGUGAUCAAAGUUGCUGCGGGGUCCCACCAUUCGCUGGCGCUCACUGCACAGUGUCAGGUCUAUUCAUGGGGAAGCAACCUGUGUGGACAGCUCGGUCGUGUCGACGGCCCCGCCACUGUACCUCAGUUAAUAAAGCUGUCAGACGGCCUCCGUGUUUGGGAUCUGUCGGCCGGUCAGAGCCACUCCCUCCUCCUGGCGGACGGCGACUGCGUCCAGCCGGUCCUGUUGUACUGCGGCCAGAAGAGCGAGUCGCCGUCGGCGCAGAGCGAGAAGCUGCAGAGCCAAAGCUCGAGUCAGAGCUCUCCCCUCAAAGCGAAGAGUUGCACGGCCAGACCUGCGCUGCUGCCCUUCUGCAUCGAGAUGAGUUACAUCAGCAGCGUGAGCGGCGGCGGCCGGCUGUGCGCGGCGUUGAUGGAUCACAACGUGAUGGGUUUCAUCGCGGCCAUCCACGAUCUGGCCUCCAGAGAGAGGCGGUUCUCCUGCUGGAUGAACGACGUCCGCAGGGUCAUCAUCGCUCCGCUGCGUAAAAAGGAGACGGCGUGUCAGACGUUAGGGGAUCCAUGCACGCACCUCUUCUUUGCACUUUGUGAUAGUUUUAUUCAGCUGAGCAAGCUGAUUGGCCGGCACGCCACGGCGCUUAGCUACUUCCUGCAAAACGCCCAGAGCCGUGAUGUAACUUCCUUUGCCCUGCUGAAACACUCUGAACAUUUCCUGGAGACGUAUAAAAAGUAUUGUUCUGCAGUCGGCGACUUUCAAGUAAUGGGUGGAUUCCAGUCACUUCAUAAACUCUCACUGGACUGGUUGUGCGGCCAGCAGGCUGUUCUCUCCCAGCUGUGUGGAUCAGACCAGUCUGUCAGCAAGGAGGUUGAUCUGGUUUCAAUGUUCUACCAGCCUCUGCAGCAGCUCCACCAUUACAGCAGAGUCCUGCUCAAAAUGGCUACAUGUUAUGACGUGCUCACUGAGGAGUAUCAGUCCCUGCAUCAGGGCUGCAGUCACUACGAAGUUCUGUCUUUGUCUCUCCUGAGGAAGAAGAAGGAGGCUGAAACCACACAGCUGUUCUGGAAAACUCAUUCUGGCAAAACUACUGAGAGUCUGCGUCUGCCACAGCGCCGUGUCGUUUGUGAGAGCAGCAACAGAUCUCUGACUCCUCAAUACGCCGGCCGCUUCUCCAAUCACUGGUUUAUCCUGUUCAACGACAUCCUGGUGCACACACAGGGAUCUCUUCCCCCUCAGAGCUUUUUCUCCUCAUUUCGAAUCUAUCCUCUGACCUGCUUGUGGGUGAAAACGAUUACCGAAGACGGCAGCGGACUUUAUACGAUCAAAAUAAUAUGUCCAGAGGAGAGUCUCGUCCUGGUGGCCUCAACGCCACAAGAAAAGAACAAGUGGCUGCGGUCCUUGAACCAGGCAGUGGAUCUGGUGCUGGGAGGUGCAGCUCAGGGGUCAUCGCCAGGGGUCACGGCUGCAGUGUGCCGCACGGCGUCGUACAAGUUCGUCUCAGAUGAGCGAUUCAAAGACGCUCAGUACAGCGGCGGCUGGAUGGCAGGACGAGUCCACGGCAGAGGAACCAUGAAGUGGCCGGACGGCCGAGUGUACAAGGGAAACUUCAAGGGUGGACUGGAGGAUGGUUAUGGAGAGUGUGUAAUGCCAAACAAAGUGCAGGACAAACCCGACGUGUACCAAGGACAGUGGAAAGAGGGGAAGAUCCAUGGCUUUGGCAAGUACAAGUACGGCAGCGGAGAGGUGUACGACGGCUGUUUCUGUGACGGCCGUCGCCAUGGUUACGGCAUGCUGAGCUCCGGCAAACUGGCCGGCGCGUCUUCAGGCCUUUUCAUCGGCCAAUGGGUUCAGGACAAGAAGACGGGCUACGGAGUCCAUGACGACAUCACGAGAGGAGAGAAGUUCAUGGGCUUCUGGCUGGAUGACCAGCGGCACAGCAGCGCUGUGGUCCUCACCCAGUAUGGAGUUUAUUUUGAAGGGUCAUUCAAAGAAAACAAGAUGAGUGGCUCCGGCCUGCUGGUGUCGGAUGAUGACACGGUUUUUCAUGGGGAGUUCAGUGACGACUGGACCAUCAACGGGAAGGGAGUUUUGACGCUUGCAAAUGGCGACCGUCUGGACGGCCUGUUCAGUGGCGAGUGGAGCGCCGGUCUGAAGGUCGUAGGAACGUACGUCAAACCAGCGAUGGAUGACAACAAAGAGAAAGAUGAGCCACCCCUGGGUCAGUACGCGGUGCCCGCAGCUCAGAGGUGGAUCUGUGUGUUUGACGAAUGUUGGAGUAGACUCGGCUGUGACGCCGCCGGCAGAGGAGAACGGACCGCAGCCUGGGAGAACAUUGCCGUUACCAUAGCAACGGCUCGACGGCAGAGCCCAGACCUCAGUAAAUCUCACACCAAAGUUCUGGAGAGUUUGGAGUUCAUCCCUCAGUAUGGAGAGGCGGUCACCACUGCGAACUACGACAACAUCAGACGAUACCUCACUAAGGCCUGCGAGACGCCCCACCACCCUCUGGGCUGGCUGGUGGAGACGCUGGUGACGGCGUACAGGAUGACGUACGUUGGCGUGGGAUCGAACCGCCGGCUGCUCCGGCAGGCGGUGCUGGAGCUGCAGGCCUACCUCACUCACUUCUACAGCAUCGUCAGGUUUCUGUUUCCAGGGUUACCAGAUGAUGGCGGCGUCAUCCCAGACGCUCCUGACAUCAGUCCGUAUAAAACACGACGAAACUCAAACAAAAUGGAUCAGGGUGUGUUGGUGGUGAGCUGCUCCUCGCUGCUCCUCCCUCUGCUGCUGCCUCGACUCUACCCGCCUCUCUUCACCCUCUACUGCCUGCAGCAGGAGCCAGAGGAGGCCCAGUACUGGGAGCGCAUCCUGCGGCUCAACAAGCAGCCAGACCAGGCGCUCCUCGGCUUCCUGGGAGUUCAGGAGAAGUUUUGGCCUCACUGGAUGUCGAUUCUGGGGGAGAAAAAGCAGAUCGUUUCCAGCAGUAAAGAUGCCUGUUUCAUUUCUGCUGUUGAGACUCUCCAACAAAUCAGCACCACGUUUACACCAUCGGAUAAACUGUUGGUGAUUCAGAAAACGUUUGAGGAGCUGACGCUGGAGGUGAAACCCUUCCUGGCCGGGGACUUCCUGUGGUGCAUGGACGACCUGUUCCCCCUCUUCCUCUACGUGGUGCUGAGAGCCAGGGUCAGGAACCUGGGAGCUGAAGUCAGCCUGAUUGAAGACCUGAUGGAUCCCAACCUCCAGCAUGGAGAGAUGGGCCUCAUGUUCACGACCCUAAAGGCUUGCUUCAUCCAGAUCCAACAGGAAUCCACAACAUAACCAGUGAUUCAGGCCCAGUUUGAUGGAACAGAACCAGUAUUAUCUCCCAGUUUCCAGCUGCUGCAGCCACGCAGAGCGGACGAUGUCCGGCGCUGCAGAGAAAGCCGGUCUGCCCGCCGAUCACUCAGGAAGCAACAGUUAGCAGAAUGACGCAGCACAGCGCCCUCUGCUGUUGGAACCUGGUAACACCUGCUCAAAUACACUGACGUUCAGAAUAGAAAAGGAACAUUUAUUAUUCCACAAAGGGGAAAUGCAUGUGCAACAGCAGAACAAAAAGUUACAAAAGUGUUGAAAAUAUAUCAAUAAAAAACAAUAAUAAUAAUAAUAGACUGUAUAAGAUUACAGAUAGAAAUGUUGUACUCAGAAUCCAAGGGAAGUGCAUGUGUACUAAACUUUAAAUAGAAACAAAUUGUUUACAGUACAAUAUAUCAGUGAAGAGCAGAAAGCCAGAAAUGUUAUUUAAAAA